AAUCGUCACCGAGUCCAGCCACAAAAAAAGGUUUCAAUAACGCCGUGGUCGCUUAUACUCUACUCAAAGAAACCCCCAAAUUCGUAGAUUGUUCGUUCGAACAUUCUCAAAACCCUAAUUCCACCCCUGAAAUCCUCUUCCCUCCAAUCAGAUCUCAAUCUCAUCAUGACUAAUAAAGAGUUCAAAGUCCCGCCGGUUGCGUUCCCCUCCGCCGGCAACCCCGCCUCGGCGGGUCCAAACCUCCAGCAGCGGCGCAUGCCCACGCCGCCGUUCCAGCCGAAUUCCGGCAUCCCCUUCAUGUCCUUCGACAUAGGCUCCGCCGCGGCGUCCACCUCCUCGGGGCCGAUCUACACCGGCCCCGCCGUGGGCGCCGGCGGCUCCGCCAACUUCGACGACGAGGAGCCCCUCCUCGACGAGCUCGGGAUCCACCCCGACCAAAUCUGGAGCAAAAUCAGAUCGGUUCUGAACCCCUUCCGCGUCAAUCACACGGUCCACAAAGAUUCGGAUCUAUCGGGACCAAUUCUUCUCUACAUGUCCUUCUGCCUCUUCCAAUUACUCGCUGGGAAGAUCCAAUUCGGCGUGAUCUUGGGCUGGAUCGUGGUCUCCUCCAUCUUCUUAUACGUCGUCUUCAACAUGCUCGCCGGUCGAACCGGUAACCUCGAUCUCCACACCUGCACCAGCGUCGUCGGUUACUGCUUGCUGCCGGUCGUCAUUUUCUCUGCCCUCUCGCUCUUCUUACCGGUCGACGGGGUCAUUCGCCUCUCAGUCGCCGCGGUCUUCGUCUUGUGGGCCACCAGGGCCUCCGCGGGACUCGUCGUUUCGCUCGCCGAUGGCGGUGACGAACACCGUGGACUCAUUGCAUACGCGUCUUUCUUGAUUUACACUCUGUUUUCGUUGCUUGUCAUAUUCUAGGGCUUGUCGUUUUGGUUGGGAUUUUUUUUGGAUUGGAUCACUGUUCUUAUGGUUUUAGUUCUUUUCCUGCAUUUUGAACCUUGCAAUUUUUUGGUGCAAUUAUGGUAUAGAAAAUGGAGUUAUUAGUUUGAUUCAAUGUUUCUGUUUGAAAAGUUAUUCCUAGGUUACAUUUUUGUUCUGAUACUGAAAGGUUUUUGUAAAUCUACUAGCAAUUAAGGUCUUUGUA